AUGCUGCUGAACAACAAUGUGACAGAAUUCAUUCUGCUUGGGUUGACACAAGAUCCUGUGAGAAAGAAAAUAGUGUUUGCCAUUUUCUUGCUUUUCUACUUAGGGACAUUGUUGGGUAACUUGCUGAUUAUUAUUACCAUCAAGACCAGCCGGGCACUUGGGAGUCCAAUGUACUUCUUCCUUUUCUACUUGUCCUUCUCUGAUACUUGCUUCUCUACUUCCAUAGCUCCUAGAAUGAUUGUAGAUUCGCUUUUGAAGAAUACCACUAUCUCUUUCAAUGAGUGCAUAAUUCAAAUAUUUUCAUUCCAUUUCUUUGGCUGCCUUGAGAUCUUCAUCCUUAUCCUUAUGGCCGUGGACCGCUAUGUUGCCAUCUGUAAACCCCUGCACUACAUGGCCAUCAUGAGCCGGAGGGUCUGCAAUACUUUGGUAGUUAUAGCCUGGGUGGGAUCCUGUGUGCAUUCUUCAACUCAGAUUUUUCUGACUUUGAGUUUACCUUUUUGUGGUCCCAAUGUGAUUGAUCACUAUUUAUGUGACUUGGAGCCCUUGUUGAAACUUGCCUGUGCAGACACCUAUAUGGUCAAUGUACUAUUGGUAUCCAAUAGUGGGGCCAUUUGCACAGUGAGUCUUGUCAUGUUGAUGUUUUCUUAUGUUAUCAUCUUGCAUUCUCUGAGAAAUCACAGUGCAGAAGGGAGGAAAAAAGCUCUUUCCACCUGCAUCUCCCACAUCAUUGUAGUCAUCUUGUUCUUCGGUCCUUGUAUAUUCAUAUACACACGCCCUGCAACCACUUUUCCCAUGGAUAAGAUGAUAACUAUAUUUUAUACAAUUGGGACACCUUUGCUUAACCCUCUGAUUUACACACUGAGAAAUGCAGAGGUGAAAAAUGCAAUGAAGAAGAUAUGGAGCAAGAAACCUAUCUCAGAGGACUAA